GUUGUGCAACUAGAGCUCUGGCGUACAAUACAAUGGGCUCAUUUUGGUCAUUGUUGAUGCCUUCUAACGCACCGCAGGACAAUGGGUUCAAAGUACUCAUCAUUGGGGCUGGAAUAGUGGGAUUGACUGUAGCUCAAGGCCGUCGCGAAAAUGGCAUUCCGUUUGAGAUAUUUGAGCGUGACGUGAAGGGGUCAAGAGCUCAGGGUUGGGCAUUGACUUUACACUGGUGCUUAAAUGCUUUCGAAAGAACUCUAGGAUCCAAAAUUGCUGCGUCGAUACCUACGGCUGUGGUAGACUCGUCAUUGAAAGAGGACGCUGGCAACUUUCUCUUUCUCAAUUGUGCCACUUGCGAGCCCCGAUAUAGGAUCCCUCCCUCAAAACGACGCCUGAGACUUCAUCGACAAAAACUCCGGGAUGUGAUAUCAUCUGGACUCGACAUCCAAGAAGGGAAAAGAUUGAAAGCGAUCGAAGAACUUCCCCAAGGUGGCGUCAAAGCACACUUCACUGAUGGCACGAGCUCGACUGGUUCGAUGAUCGUUGGCGCAGACGGCAAUAACAGCGCGGUUCGAAAAUAUCUUCUUCCUAAGUCCUUCAAGCUUAAUCACUUGCCUGUGAACCUGGUUGGCGUUGUGAGACACUUUACUCCGGAACAAGCGGCUCCAAUCCGCGCUCUUGAUCCUCUGCUCUUCCAAGGUCUCCAUCCCGACACAGGUAAUUAUCUUUGGUACAGCAUACAGGAAUGUAUAGAUGAACCAGAUGGUCGAAAAUCGUUCGAUGCGUUAGUCAUUAUCAGCUGGUUCAUCAAGGAUGAAGUCAAAGACGCUAUUCCCGCGACUCACGCAGAAAGAAUAGCUCUGAUGAAGCAAAGAGCAGAAGGGUACGCAGAGCCACUCAGAAGCAUUGUAAUAGAUAUUCCAGACGAUUUGCCAUUUACUACCCCUCUUCGCUUAGCGGACUUCCCAAGUGUUCCUUGGGACAAUAGAAAUGGCCAGGUAACUCUAGCUGGGGACUCUGGCCAUGCAAUGACAAUGUAUCGUGGAGAGGGGGCCAAUCACGGGAUUUUGGAUGCUGCACUUCUUGUCGAUCAGUUGAAGAAGAUUCAUGAAGGGUCUGUGUCGCUAAAGACAGCAAUUGAUGCCUACGAGAUAGAGAUGAGACCCAGGACACAUGCAGCUGUUCUGAAGAGUCGUCAAGCUGCCUUAGAUGCUCAUGAUUGGGAUGCUCUGACAGAGGACUCGCCCACGAUUGGAGCAAGAUCUCCGCCCGCUACAGCUUGAUUUCGUAUCAGAUGAGCGCAACACAUGAAAUUCUUGAC